UUUGUUCAUCUCCUUGCAGGUUGAGUAGCAGAAUCGUAUUAGUCACCCAUGGCCAGGGAACAAUUGCAAGUGCUUAAUGCACUUGAUGUAGCUAAGACACAAUGGUACCACUUCACAGCAAUUGUGAUUGCUGGCAUGGGUUUCUUCACCGAUGCUUAUGAUCUCUUCUGCAUCUCAUUGGUCACCAAAUUACUUGGUAGAAUAUACUACCACGUCGACGGUGCUUCAAAGCCAGGAACAUUGCCCCCUAAUGUAGCAGCUGCUGUCAAUGGUGUUGCAUUCUGUGGCACACUUGCAGGCCAACUCUUCUUUGGCUGGCUGGGUGACAAGAUGGGUCGCAAGCGUGUCUAUGGUAUGACCCUUAUGGUCAUGGUCAUCUGCUCUGUGGCCUCUGGGCUAUCCUUUGGCCACACCGCAACCAGUGUCAUGGCCACACUUUGUUUCUUCAGAUUCUGGCUUGGUUUUGGCAUUGGUGGUGAUUACCCACUCUCUGCAACUAUUAUGUCGGAGUAUGCCAACAAGAAAACUCGUGGUGCAUUUAUCGCUGCUGUUUUUGCAAUGCAAGGAUUUGGAAUUCUAGCUGGUGGAAUGAUUGCAAUUAUUGUAUCAGCUGCUUUCAAGUCCAAGUACCCUGCCCCUUCUUACGAACAAAAUCCAAUUGCCUCAACGGUUCCUCAGGCUGACUUUGUGUGGCGCAUUAUUUUGAUGUUCGGUGCAUUACCGGCUCUGCUUACAUACUACUGGCGUAUGAAAAUGCCUGAGACUGCUCGUUACACUGCUCUUGUUGCAAAGAACGCUAAACUAGCUGCAACAGACAUGGCAAAGGUUUUGCAGGUCGAAAUUGAAUCUGAACGGGACAAGAUUGAAGAAAUGGCACAGAAGGAUAACUCGUCGUUUGGUUUGUUCUCUAAGCAGUUUAUGCGUCGCCAUGGGCUUCACUUGCUUGGAACCACAUCCACAUGGUUCUUAUUGGACAUUGCUUUUUACAGUCAAAAUUUGUUCCAGAAGGACAUCUUCUCUGCUAUUGGAUGGAUUCCCACUGCAAAGACGAUGAAUGCACUCGAGGAGGUAUACAAAAUUGCAAGGGCACAAACACUUAUUGCUCUCUGCAGUACUGUCCCUGGGUACUGGUUCACGGUGGCUUUCAUCGAUGUCAUUGGGCGUUUUGCAAUUCAAUUGAUGGGCUUCUUCUUCAUGACAGUGUUCAUGUUUGCGCUGGCCAUCCCCUAUCACCACUGGACUUUGAAGGAGAACAGAAUUGGGUUCGUCAUCAUAUAUUCUCUGACCUUCUUCUUUGCAAAUUUUGGGCCUAAUGCUACCACUUUCGUGGUACCAGCAGAGAUUUUCCCAGCCAGACUUAGAUCGACAUGCCAUGGUAUCUCUGCAGCAUCUGGGAAGGCAGGGGCAAUUGUUGGAGCAUUUGGGUUCUUGUACGCAGCACAAAGCCAGGACCCAGCAAAGACAGAUGCAGGGUACCCACCAGGCAUUGGAGUCAAGAAUUCACUAAUCAUGCUGGGUGUGGUUAACUUUCUUGGCUUGGUUUGUACCUUUUUAGUACCUGAGUCAAAGGGUAAAUCUCUAGAGGAAAUGUCAGGUGAGAACGAAGAUGAUGGAGCUGGGACUAGUACAGAAGCAGAGCAAGCAGGUUAUAACAGGACUGUUCCAGUGUAAUUACUUAGAUGGUUUUUAACAUUUCUUUC